AUGGGACAGAUAACCUUAAGUGAAGUCAAACAAGCAAUCCAAAAGACCAAAAACUGGAAAGCACCUGGAGAGGACAAAAUUACAGGUGAGAUGAUCAAGGCCAGCAUAGACGUCAGUUCUAAAGCAUUAAGAAAGCUAUUAAAUAGAAUUUGGGAAGAAGAAGAAGUACCAGAAGACUGGAAGUCUGGAAUUAUUAUGUACAGUGGGUAUAUCUGCUGUGUUUUACAUGAGGGCAAGACAACUGACAAAUUUGAAGUAACAACUGGUGUCAGACAAGGAUGCAUGCUAUCUCAUUUCCUCUUUCUGCUUGCAAUUGAUUGGACAAUGAAGAUGGCUACUCUAAGAGAAAAGGAAGGCAUACCAUGGACACUCACUAGACAACUAGAGGACCUAGACUUUGCCGACGAUAUAUGUCUGAUUAGUGCAAAUCAAGCACAAAUGCAAAGAAAGACAGAUAGAGUAGUAAAGCAAGCCAGAAGCAGUUGGAGAACAAAUCGAAAAGUUGAAUCAAGAUUAAGAGGUUUUGAAGGGAGGUGCCUGAGAAGGAUCCUAAACAUCAGGUGGCCAGAUCGGGUAACAAACAUGGAAAUUAGAAGAAAAACCCAAAUAAAUGAUAUAAACGAGGAGAUUCGGAAGAGGAGGUGGAACUGGUUAGGUCAUGUGCUUAGACUGAAAAAUGAUGGUCAUCCAAGACAGGCAGAAAGAUGGAAACCAAUGGGGAAAAGAAAAAGAGGAAGGCCAAAGGGGACAUGGAGACGAACGGUGGAAGAAGAAAGAAAACAUAUGUCAAAAACAAUCAAUGAAAUAUCAUGGAUGGCCCAGGAUAGAGGACAAUGGAAAUCAUUUGUUGCCUUAUGUGCUUAUGAGCAUGAAGAGGAUUAA